GCAGCAGCAGCAGCAGCAGCAGCAGCAGCCAGCCGUCAGGACAACACACUCUGCAGUCAAGAUGAGUACUGGGGAUGUGGUCUGCACCGGCUGGCUCAUUAAAUCCCCCCCAGAGAAGAAACUAAAGAGAUUUGCGUGGAGGAAACGCUGGUUUGUGCUUCGCAGAGGUCGCAUGAGCGGUAAUCCUGAUGUGCUGGAGUACUAUCAAAGUAAGAACUCCAAAAAGCCCAUCCGCACCAUUGACUUGAAAGAGUGUGAGGUUGAAAUGAUGAAUGGGCAACUCAGGAUAAAGCGAGACUUCCAUGGGAAGCACCUCUUUGUGGUAAAGACCUCAUCUCGCAUUUUUUACCUGGUGGCCAAAACUGAGGAGGAGAUGAACAGCUGGAUCAGUAGCAUCAGUCAGAUUUGCCAGUUUGGGAGCCUGGAGGACGCAGAAAGCUCAGAAGAAGGUUUUCCUCACACCCCCACCUCCCUUCAGCUGUCGCCUGACAGCUCUGACCGAGGAUCUGUAACAAGCCAACUAGAUUCCGGGCGUCCACUGGACUACCUCUUUCUGUCACAGUGUGAGACAGGGGGUGUAAGCGCUAGUAGACAUGACAGCUUUUCAAACUCUGAGCUCUCUCUGGAGCAGAAGUCAUCCGACGAUGCUGUCAAGGACAUUGUGCCUUCACCUCUUUGCACCGAUUCUUCUCCAUCUAUCUCUCAUGCCAGCCCCAGCCCAUCACUUUUCCCUCAUGGAAGGUUUACCAACCCUCCUUUCAGCGCUCCAUGCAUCUCCCUACCUCUACCGUCAUCCUCUUCCUCUCCACUGUAUCACUGUGCCACAAGUGUCUUCCAGUUUGACAAACCUUAUUCUUCUGCAUCGUUUGAGGCAACGAGUGACAGACAAACACCUCCUCCGCUGCCACCCAAGCCUAAUCACCUGUCAGAGCAGCUAAGUGAUGAAGGGGCUCACAAGCCGACGGCAAUGAGUGCCCGGCAUUUUUCAAGCCACAAUGCAUUAUUUCCCCGGAGGACCUCUUUGUCGAGCCUGGACCAUUUCAGAAUGGGAGAUGUUGAAAGCAGGUUGAUGAGGAUCAGAAGGCAGAGUCUACAUUUGCAGCCUUGUUUAAAUACCACACAAGUUCAAAGCUGCCAGGGUGAGUCAUAUGUCCCCAUGACUUCCCCUUCUCCCUCUGUUACCACUUUUGAGUGUGAUGGUUACAUCCCCAUGAGUCCACGGACGUUCAGUUUCCUCAACCCAAACUGCAAUGUUGAAUCCCUCAUGUCUCUCAGCCCACUAACGUGUCAAUCUGAAGAUCUUGCACCACCUCCAAUUCACCGGCACCUCAAGCCUCGCUUGAGGAGAGCUCGACCACCACCUCUUGACUUGAGAGGGCUUUCUACAAUCACAGAAUGUCCCACUCAUCUUCCUUUGAGCAGAACAAUGACCGAAUCAUGGAGCCAAGGCAACAGUUCUAUCUCACCUCUGAUGGAGCAGUUCAACCCUGGGGGAGAAAAUCAAACCUUGACUAUUUGUCCCUGGAUUUCAAUUCCGCAUCCGCCUCCCCUGUGCAGAAACAGAAGCCCUCUCUGUCUGAGGAGCACAGAGUGGAUUACGUACAGGUGGAUGAGAAGAAGACUCAGGCACUGCAAAACACCAAAAUGGAGUGGACAGAUGUCCGGCAGUCAAAGACAUAAAUGGAAAAUACAUAAGUUUGGUUUCAAGAAGAUCAACAAUAACACCAGCAAAGAGGACAUACCUGUAUACAAAGAGGACCAAAAACAAUUUAAAAGCACUUUGAAAAACAGUAUUGACAUAAAAGUACAAGGGUACAUACUAAGCAGUUAGAGGCUUGUUUCCAAAGAGGAAACACAAAAUUGCACUGUAAAAACUAAGUUAAUUCUCAGUAGAGCUGUACUGUAAAUACUGCCUAAUCAUGCACUGUUCAGUCAUUUUUACUGUAGCAUAAGGUUUUACCAAAUUUUGAAAAGGGCAUUGAUUGCUUCACUGUAAGAAAAAAAAAAGCUGUACAUUUAUGUAUAGUAAUUUUAACUGUAAUGAAGAAAAUAUUUUAAUGAUAAAUGUUUUUUUUAAACA